CUGGCCUCCCCUCCUUUGACAUUCGUUCAUCUUUAUCAUCUGCGCUCCCCCCAACCGCUCUGCCAACACCCCACGUUUGACUCUCUCCUGUAACCACCACCCUCCUCAACCGCUCUACCAACAACCCACCCUUGACUGUCUCCUGUAAGGAGUUUCCUCUCUUUCACCACCACCCUCCUCAAUUGCUCUGCCGAACACCGCACGCUUGCCUCUCUCCUGUAAGGAGUUUCCUAUCUGUUGCCGCCUACCGUCAAAAUGUCCGCGCUUGUGGAUUUACAGGACAUGCGCAUCGAAAACCACCGUCAAUGUGUCCCCCAAAUCGUACAAGAUUACAACAUCUUCGACAAAACCGGCAAAAUGCUCCUAAAAGGAGAUGGACUCGAAUGCCUAAGGGUAAAGCGAGCCCAUGGCAACUUGCAUGCGUAUAUGGUGGUCACUUCAAAAAGAGUUGCUCCCCAUCAUUCACCUGUCAGGUGCAUACUCACUUCAAAAGCGUCGACCCCACCGCCCCAACUUGUAUGGAUUGCAAACGAGGGUCUGCUGCUCUUUCAACUUCAAGUUGACUUUAAAUUAGGACGGGGUGUAGAAACAACAAUGUGUCCGACCGUAAGGCUAGGCGGUGUGAUGAAAGCCCCACAAGCACAGACAGAAAAUAGGAUCGAGUUUUGUCGAAAUCUCCGGGACCUCAUUAUUAACUUUCGAAGUUUAGGCAUCUCCUAUAAGGAGUUUCCGAAUAUUGCUGCCUCCGUCGAACACAUCCCGGGUAUCAAAGGGUUUUUACAGAAGCUAGGAGUCAUUCCUUCUCCUCCUAUUAGGAGCAUAGAACCGUCUCAGGGUUCAUCGUCUACUGCACCAUCCUCCUCUACUGAGACUCAGGUUCAUUCUCCUCCUCUUUCUUCAUCGGUGGAACAUCAAUCAUCUACUGCACCAUCCUCCUCCACCGAGACUCGCCUUCGUUCUCCUCCUCUUUCUUCAUUGGCGGAACAUCAAGAAAGCUCCUAUAAGGAGAAGCAGGAUCCCAAGUCAUCUUCCUCGUCCACGGCACCAUCUGCCGAUAUGAAAGAAAGCUCCGUUAAGGAGACGCAGGUUCCUCCCCCUCUUUCUCCAUCGCCGCAUCAAGAAUGCUCCUAUAAGGAGAAGGCUGUCCAAACUUCCAUGGGCAUGUCAUCUUCCACCUCCACAGAACCAACAACAGAAAAUAAAGAUGACCUCUUUACGCUUCCCAGGGCAAUGGCAAAGGAAUACCUCCAUCGCCGUUUUUUUCACAAGGGGUCAAGCUCACAUAUCGAAAACGUGGACCAACAAAUACCUCAAUUGCAGCCCUCCUUACAGGAGUAUGGUCUGGGUACCACAAUGCUAAAAAAGAUGGGUUGGAAAGAGGGAGAAGGAUUAACAGCAGAGAGUAUCAAAUAUCCUCUCAAUUCUUUCUCACCUUGGCCCACUGGGAUGACUUGGUAUCACAGGCGGGAAGGCUUGAGAUCUGAUGAUGACAUGACUCCUGCCGUCGCCGAAAAGGCGGAAGACCCAUUGGACUUGAAAACGUUAGUCUUGAUGAUCGGCCAUGUGGUCUCAAAGACAUUUUUUGGUGGGAAUGAGAACAGCGCCCUCGAGGCGAAGGAAAUCUACCCGGCCAUCAGCGAUGCCGUCUUUGGAGAGGUUAUAAAAUACUAUAACCAUAACACAAAUCUGGAUUUGACGGCAGAGGUCUCAGACAAAGAGGAUGAUGAGGAAGAUUAAACUAGAUUCUCGUGCUGAUGGACCUUGUCUCCUUUUAGGAGUUCCGCUACCCUUGCAUUUUUUUUUUUUCUCCUUUAAGGAGUGCGUUCUAUGAAAAUUGUAUAAAUAUGUAUUUGCUGGGGUGAAGUACUGUAAAAU